CAAGUUGACUGGCUUUCGUUUGAGGGGUUGUAUUUGUAAGUGGUAUAUGAUCCACGAUUGAACCUCUCCCAAAAACUCGAGAUAUUGGGAUCAACUGGUUCUUAACACUUAUCACAAAAUCGUUUGAAACAAAUACAUAAAAAGCCGUUUAAAACAACAUAAAAAAAAUUAAAAAAUAAAACUAAAAUAUAAGAAUUGUUAUCGUUUAAUGAUUUUAGUGGGUGAGAUCACACACUAUAGUGGAACAAGAUAUCAAAACGAUAAAAAUCAUUGACCACUAAGUAGUGGGUCGAUUAGGGUUAUUUUUAGGAUUUUGUGGCUUUUUCUUAUAGAUAUGUAUUUUGGAUCUUUCUUUCAUAAUCAAGAAGAAAGUAAUGAAACAAUUAUCCCUAAUCUCUCAAAAGCUAUUUUUUUUCUUUAAAAACUAUCUACCGACUAUUUCUUUCUAUUCUCCUCCAAACCUUCUUCCAAUUCUUCCUAAAUGGUAUUCUUAAUCCUCUAUAAUCCUCCUCUUCAAUCCCUAUAUCCAUAAUCAAUUCAUGUUUUUCGUAUUGAUGUGCCUUCUUGAUUUUCUCAAGUUUUUCAUUGAAUUUCCUUUUUUAUUGUAAACAUGCUUCAUUGAAUUUCUUAAGAACCGAAGAUCAGCGGCGGAUCCAGAACACAGAAGUGCACUGGGCCGUAUUUUAUUAUAAAAUUAGAAUACUCAAAAAAUAUUAUGAUUAUAAUUUUUUUACAAUGUAAAUUAUACACGACGGUAUUUUAAUUUAUCGAAUGCAUUAAUAAAGGAGUCCACAUCUAUACCAAUAGUAUACACUGUUUCAAAUAAAAUACUUGAGCAAUCGACUAGAAAUUCAUUGCUCAUUUUGUUGCGCAAAUCAAUUUCACAUGUUUCAUUGUUGCAAAGGUUCUAUUCGUAUUAGCUGUUGAAACGAGCAGAAUCAACACUAGACAAAUCAAUCUACUAAUCAAUUUACAUUGUGUUUCCAUCCCUAUAUCCACCAGCUGCUCUAGUAAAUUUUCCAAGGUAACAAACCUCAUAUAUGUUUUAAUCUUUUACAUUUAAUACUUAUUGAAUUUUUAGGUUUCAUUGUUUUUUUAGACGAAUAACCUUUGGGGUUAGAAUUUAUAAGCUAAAUUUAGAGUAGUGAUUUUGAAUAUGUUCAUCUGAAUCAUUUUUCUAAUUAUAUCAAAUCUUAUUUUAAAAUAACAACGACCCGAAUAUCUAAAAUCGAAAAAAUUCAUAAGGCCUAUACUAACUAUGGAUCCAGAGGAGGGCUGGGCCGGGGCCCGGGGUGGCCACUCCCUGGAUCCGCCACUGCCGAAGAUUCAUUCCGAAGCAAAUUUGGGUUAAGACAGAUCAAAUUGAAUGCAUUUUCAUUUUGGUUACGAAAAAAAGUUAUUUUCAUUCUCAACUUGAUUCAUAUUUAGUUGUAUCGGUGUUGGCUCAUUCUAUAUCAAAUGUAUCUUCGUCUAAAAUUUUCAUUGCUCUUUGCUUCCUUCAUUUGCUAAUUUGAUAUUGAUGUUCAUCCUACCUGUGAUUAAUGAGCUCUAUAAUGACUAGGGAUGGGAUUAGGUGCUAAUCCUUAUAGGGGUUAGCACCGUGAUAACUAGCAAAAAUCACUACGGAUUAUUAUAAAAUCAAUACAACAUCUAAGCUAAAUCACUACUAAUUCAAACUAGUAGUAGUUUUUCUCUUGGUUAGGACGGUGCUAACUAUUGUACAAUUAGCACCGUAACCCCUCCCUAAUAACUAGUAUUACAGUGGGCGGUGGAGGUGGGGGUGAGGGGAUUAGGAACUAGGAAGUGUUUUGAUGACUAGGAUUACAUAAAAUUAAUGUGGUGGUAAUUGUAUUUAAUAAUCCAAUGAUUAGAACCAACCAAAUCAUUAAAAAUAACAAAAAGAAAAAAGAUACUAUAAAAAGAAUUGUUGUUGUCUAAUGAAUACGAUGGGUUGGUGGGUGGGGGUGGGUUAGGACUUAGGAGGAUCGUAGAUUUUGUGCAAAACUCAUAUUUCGAUAAUCUAGUGUAAUCUCUGUUUUCAGAACCGAAUUGGAGGCUGAAUCGGAAGAGUUAGUGGUUUAGCGUUCGCCGGUUAACCGUUACAAAAUUGUUGGUGAACCGUUGAUAGAACCGUUCAUGAUAUAUAACAUAUAAGACUUGUAUAUUACACUAAUUUAAGAAUGAAAUUAUAAUUGACCAUAAACAAGUUCAAAUUCAUAUCAUCAACAAAAUAUCUAAUAAAUUAUUUCAACCAUCUCACAAAAGAAACCACAUUUUUUAAUUCAAAUUAAAAAUUACGGUUCUAGUUGGUAGUAGACAACGUAAAGUCGACAAUAAGGUUAAGGAAGCAUAUAUAAAAUUGAUGAUUAUGAUUUGAUGUUCUUAGUCUAUGUUAAAGCUUUUUUUUUUUUUGUUAAAAUAGUGAACCAGUGGACCAGUUAAACCGUGUCGGUUCAUCUGAUUUUAUGUUGAACCAUGAAAAAUCGUUUGGUCCAUCAAUAACUGUUCAAGCAAUGAAGAACCGGACUGUUAUCGUAACUGGUUUGACAGUUCUACUAGCCUGACCGUUGAUCUGGUUCGGUUCUUAUAACAAGGAGUAUAAUCAUUAUCACCAAUGGUUUAUUUUUUCACAAGCUGAAUGGCUAGAAACAAAGAUAGACAUGAAAGAGCAUACGAAGUAACUUUUUAUAUGAUCGUUGGAUGUAUUUCGACAAUUUAGAAACGUAGAUCAUUAUUUAUUAUUAAAUUUGAUAUUUGGAUCUGGGUUUAGAGAAUCGAGACGCAACAUUUAUCGAUUAGUGAUUGUGAUAUAAUGUCACACCCUAAACUCGUUUUAAUUCAUAAUUUUAAUAAAGAUCUCAUCAGAAAUAAUCGAAAUAUUAUAUUCUCCAAAAAUGUAUCAGCCUGCUACAUAUAUUAUAUACAUACGCAGUAUGGAGUUAAGAAAACAGCUUAGUCCAAAAUAUCCUGACAUAUCUACCGAGAUCACACUCACAAUAAAGAAGAAUUAAUAAUGAAAUUAUUAAAGUCCAUAAUUUAAAAAAGAAACCCACUGAGAAAAAAGACAACAUUAAGAAAAUAUUAUUUCCCUAUACAUAAAGGACUGGACACAGAAGUCGAGCUUUGCACAAACUUCAUCGAAUUAAACUUCCAACUGCAAAACUCUAAUAUAAUAUCAUCAGUUCGAUCGAAUCAGCUUCCGGCCGUUGAAAUCGAUAUGACUGGCGACAGCGCCACCGCCGGAACUGUAUGGGGAGACUUCUUCAUCACCCAUGUCUUUAGUGACCAUGAGGUAAACCCGUCGCUAAUGAUAUCUGCUUUUCUCAACGAGAGGGUGAAUCUAACACCACUUUUCCUCGCUCACCUUUUGGCAGACCGUAAAUGGUUGGAUCGCGAGGAUAGAGGCGUUGAAGGAAGAGGUGAUUAAGGCGAUGAUGAUAUCAACGGAGAAGCUGCAUCUGAUCGAUGUGGUGGAGCGGCUGGGGAUCGGUUACCACUUCGAAGCGGAGAUUGAAGAGCAGCUCCGACAGGUUUAUUGUGACGGGACCAGUCGUUGCAAAAAAGAUAUAAUUAGUGACGAGAAAGACCACCUCUUCACGACUGCGCUUCAGUUCAGACUGCUCAGACAGCACGGCUAUAACGUGCCUUGUGGUACCAUUUCAGCUUUCAUAUUACAUAUGGUUACACGAAUAUAUAUCAUACUGUGAUAUUGAUCAAUGCUUGUGCGAGAAUCAAUUGAUUCCAAUAAUUACCGGAAGAAAUUUGGUAAUUAAUCAUAUAUUAUUUUUUAACACAUGGACGAUUUCAACGGUUGGACCGGAAAACGGUGGACGAUUUCAGCGGUACGAAAUGGUUGAACCAUGAUUUAAGUAUAAAAUUAAUACAGUACCACUAAAUUUUCCAGUAUAACUCUUCUGUGUGAUUUCGAAAUCGCUGCUAGCACAAUACCCCUUCAAAGGAAGGACACCAUAUAUCAUUUGCUACAAGUUUACUGAAAUUCAAUACAUGCAGACGUAUUCAACCAAUUCAAGAACGAAGAAGGGACGACCUUUAAGGAAGAACUAGGGAAAGACAUCAAUGGGUUGAUGAGCCUUUAUGAAGCUGCAUUUCUUCAGACGCAUGGAGAGACGAUACUGGAAGAAGCUGUCGAAUUCGCAGGAGACAACCUUCGCAACUACUACUUCAGGGUGGAUCGUGGUGAUGAAGAUGAUGAUAAUCGGAUACUGUCCAAAAGAAUUGCUCAUGUGUUGGAAAGGCCGCUGCGCAAAGGCGCUCCAAGGCACGAACAGCUCUUCUUCAUCACGGUAUACGAGCAAGAGAAAGGUCACAACAAAAACCUUCUCAACCUCGCCAAGUUGAGUUGGAACCAUUUGCAGAGCAUAUACCAACAAGAGAUUAGGGGCAUUAGCAAGUACGUCUCGUUGAUCUCUUUUUCAUUUUGGGAUGAAUAUGUUUUUGUUCUUUCUAACUAAUUAAAACGGACCAAUUCGUUGGUGCAGGUGGUGGAUCGACUUGGACUUCGCCUCGAGGGUACCUUUCGCUCGAAACAGACCGGUCGAGUUAUACUUUUGGGCGAUCGGAAGCAUGUGGGAACCCAAAUUUGCCCUUGCGAGAUAUUUCAUAACGAAAAUCAUCAUGCUUGUAUCUGUGACCGAUGACAUGUAUGAGGAGCGUGGUAUACUUGACGAACUUGAGUUGUUUACCUCUGUUGUCGAGAGGUAUAUGAGUCUCUCUCUCUGUCGCUCUGUUUUUCUUGUUUUUGUUCUCACAAGUUAGUCUAGAACUAGCUAUAGCUAGUUAGCUACAAGAAAUAACCUUUUCUGCAACCAUAAAAGGUUGGUGAAAUCACAAAAUGGUCACCAUUUGAAGGUAGAAAACUUCGGCAACCCUUUGAAUAUGGUCGCCAAUUAGAUUUGAUUACAACCACUAGCUAUGGUUGCCAAGAAAAUGGUAGCCGAAACCUUUUUUUCUUGCAGUCAGGGGCGGAGCUACUUAGAAGGUAGGAUGCCCCCGGGAAUAGUCCGAACCACUAGAACUUUAAGGAUAUUUAGAUAAAUUUUGCAUAAGUACAACUCGGCCAGAAAAUUAGUUCAUGUAACUAUUAUGUAGUCUACUGGUAGCUAAUCUAGUUUUUAGUGUGAAGCACCAAAGUUCAAUUCACCAUUACUUCACAUUUUGCUUAAUUUUGAGUGAUUUCAAUGAUUUUUAGACUAUAUUGAAAGAAAGAUAGAAAAAUAUUUAGUUUAAUGUUAUUUGAGUGAUUUUUCAAAUAUUUCAAAAAACGUUGUAUAUUUUUCAAAUAUUUAUAAAUAAUUAUUUAUUUAUAUUUUCGGCCCACCCGAUAUCGAAAUCCUGGCUCCGCCCUUGCUUGCAUUGCUAGCUAACUACGUUAACUAAACCAAUCAACGAAUCAUAUGUCUUCAAUGUAAUUCGAGUGGUCAAUGGUGAACAGAUGGGACACCAGCAUGAAAGAUCUCCCAGACUACAUGAGAACAUUGUAUGCAGCGAUUAUUGAUGUUGUGGAUGAAAUAGCCACAACUACGACCGCACAAGGAAGAGACUACUGCGGAGACUACCUAAAGGAGGCGGUAUAUAAUCUAAUUAAGCAGUUAUUAAUUAAUCAAUUCACUUAAU